GUAGUUUAGGUCUAGGUACCUCCUGCCUUAGGUAACCUGAAGGCUGACAUCACCUAGGUACCUUACCUAUGUGCCUUAGGUACGAUCUGCCACUCUAUGGCCCCACCCCCACUAUCAAUUACAGACCAAAAGGUACCUAACCUAAGGUAAUUGAGUCAACCGGCAACCGUUAAUAAUCAACAUUUCCUCUUAAAUAUUUCCUGCGCAUUGUUUUGCGGUCCUGUCUACUUUAUCCAAGCUAAAAUCAUUUUGUCAAAUCGUCUUGGGGAUACAGGAUGUCGAGCAGACAAUUAAGGAAGCUGCAAAAGCAGAAAGAGCUCGAAGAGCUCCUGGCGAAGAAUUCUCUCGAGGACGACGAAUCGAGUGACGAUGACCAACCCGUUCAGAAACCGAAAGCAAGCGCAUUCUCCGGGUUUGCAGCACUCGGGGACCAAGAUGAUCAGGACGAAGAUUCCGAUCCCGAUCACGACGUGAAGGAAGACGAGUUAAUAGAGGUUACAGCAAAGCCGACUGUCGAACUUGACCGUACUGAUGCACCUAAGAGCUCAUCGAAGAAGAACAAAAAAAAGAAGAAGAAGGCUAAGAAGCAAGAUGGAGGCUCUAUUAAGGCUGCGCAUGCUGCGCAAAGCGGACCUGAUGAGAUUGAUCAAGCGCUUAAGGAGCUCGAACUUUCCCACCCUGGAAGAGAAAAUGAUGACGAAUUCCAACUGAAAUUCGUGAAGCCUUAUGAGCGAAUCUGCGAACUCCUGAGCAUCAAUGCAUAUCACCUUAAAGUCAUCAACGAGAUGAGCAACUUAUUUGGUCGAGAAGCUAUCGCCGCUGCUCAAAUCGAGGAGCAAGAACAAACGCGUUCCAGAAGACAAAGACAGCCGUUGCCACAACAAGUCGACCUGGAAACCUAUCUUAAGGGAAUACCAGGAAAGGGCCUGCCUGAAGUGACGCUGCGACGUAACCCUUUUUUGGCCGGCAAGGAAACAUGGCCGCGUGCUUCUACGGAGGGCUUGACCAUGGAACAGCUCAAAGAGGAGAAGACAGGAUUGGUUUGCAUGCCGGGUACUGUCGAGUUCCGUUUUGCGCACGACGGGUACUACAACAGCUUAGAAAAGACAUUCUUCGAUCUCGUACAGAUGUACGACCCUAUGCAGAUCGUGCAUUUCUUGCAUCUCCAUCCGUAUCAUAUCUCGAGUCUUAUCCAAGUCAGCAGAAUUGCAAAACAAGACCAGAAUUCUGCGCUAUCCGCAGACUUAUGCGAACGAGCCCUAUUCACAUUCGGACGAGUCUCUAUAUCCACUUUUCGACAGAAGAUCGAGCAGGGGAAGGCAAGAUUGUCGUUCAAUCGCCCAGAGAACCGACAAUUUUGGCUGGCUGGAUAUCAUUACCUUAAGAACUUAAUUAUGAAGGGCACCUACAGGACGGCACUAGAAUGGGCAAAACUUCUCCUCAGUAUAGAUCAUACCGAUCCAUACGGGAUCAUCCACUUUAUUCACCCUCUUGCCAUCCGGGCGCGCGAAUCAAAGUGGUUUAUCGAUCUUUGCGACUCCGAACUCUUGGAUAUAAAUCCCGCAGCGCAAGAUGGCCAAGAUUACAUCAGGCAAACUCUCGUACUAGCUAGACUCCAACAGAAAGACACAGCCGGUGCUAAGGCGCUGUUGGCCGAGGGCAUGGAACGCUAUCCGUGGCUGUAUAGCUAUCUCUUUAAAGCACUUAACCUAGACGUUCCUAAGGCCAUAUGGGGCAUGCAACCGCGGAACCGAGACGAGGAACUUCAUACAAACCUCUAUAUUCACCAGACCAAAGCAUUAUGGGAUAACACGCAAGCGAUAUCUCUCUUGAAGGAAACAGCUGGGGAAGCAAAGAGGACAGAUGGCGAUAAGACGUUUACAUUCCCGCCUUCGGUUAGGGCUAACCUUGCACGAUUUCUUUUUCUGCUGGAAGUUCCCUCUUUGAUAGGAUUGAUACCACGCGAGUUGUUGAAUACGUCGGUUAACUGGGAAUUCGACCCGCUUCCACCCCCUGUCGAGCAAAACAUCUUCUCGUACGACUCACAAAAGGAGCCGUGGGCCCCUUCGCCACUUGAAGAACGACUUAGGGUUGGCCUUGAGCAAGGAGAUCGUAGAGAGCUCAUACGGAUCUUGGCUCAGGCGAGACUAGCUGGUGCACCCGAAGAUGUCCAAGCGGACCUUGAACGGACCAUCCUAGAGGCCACCGACGGAGUAGGCGAUAAUCAUAACGAGGGGGAAAAUGGCGAUGAUGGCGAAGGGAGCGAGGAUGCCUUUGAAGAAGGCGGGUCUCAGAAUGAGACUUCUGCUGGCCGCUUAUCAACAAUCUUCCAAGCUGUCAUGCAUCAUCUGUUUGAUUUCAAUCCCGAAAGUGUUCACAACAAUGACAAUAGGCCGAACCCGCCUCUAGGAGAUAUACUUGUUCAUAUACCUGGAGCGUGGGGGGAUGAGGAAUCGGAUGAAGAGGGGACGGAUGACGAGUUACCCCCCUUAAUACCUCUGGAAGACCCAGUCCAUCCCAGAGAGCCUGUGAACGGCGCGAAUGACGCGGGCGACGAAACAGACGACGAGAUGCCAGGAUUGAUAUAAAGCUACCGUGGUCUACCUAGUCUAAGUAGUGUAUAUGUGUGGCCACAGCCACAGCCACGAGAGGCUAUCCAGGAAUAUAAUGGGCAUUCCUCCAUUAGGUACAUCCAUGUAUGAAUGUAUAUAAAAUCCUCAAGCCACCGAUCAUCACAGUUCCUGCAGGACGAAUGAUGAGAGAACAGGGAACACGUAGAUCGUGAUGCAACCGUUGCAUGAACAUAAUCCAUUGGCUUCGAGUCGAAGUAUGUACCUGUACCGACGAUGCUGUACCCCAUGCUACCUAUUAUGUUGUAUCUA